UUUCUCUAAUUUUUUUUAUCGAAAUUCCAACUCCAACGACCACACUUCUUUAAAUGAGGGCUUGAAUUCCUCGCUCUAAAGGAUUUAAUCGAUUCUGGAAUAAAUGAAGUUGAAGAUCAACAAAGCCUGCGAUCUUGGCUCCAUCUCUGUUUUUCCUCCUCAUACAAGGAGAUCAAGCCUGCCGCCGAGUGUACCGCAAUCAUCACAGCUUAGAUCACAGCCAUCACAACAAUCGAUCUCACAGGGGAUUUCUUCUCAGCAUGCCUUGUUUUCUCAGAUCUCACAAAACUCACUCGAUGAAAUCGUGACAACUGAUCAUAGAUUUGGUUCCCAAGAGCGAGAGAAUGUUGCCAACAAGAUUUCUUGUUUGGUUCCAAACAAAUUCACAAGAGAAGAUAGUCAAGUGCCGAUUUCUAGAUCUUCCACUGUGCGCAAAUGGAAUUCUGUUUCUGCUCCAGAGCAUCGAUGUCAAACUUCAGAAGAACUUGAGCACCGGAUGUCAGUGAUUGAAACUUCAUUGAACAGAUUUGGGAUGAUCUUAGAUUCUGUUCAAAGUGAUGUAAUGCAGGUGAACAAAGGAACAAAAGAAGUGUUGCUGGAAAUGGAAGGGAUGCGGCAGAGGUUGAUUGCUGAAGAUACCUCUCUACAUCUAAUGAACAAGGGUCAAGAAGAUAUCAAAGCCAGUCUUGAUGGCAGCAUGAAAGCUAUAUCAGAUCAACUAAACAAUGCUGUAUAUGGUGACAAGUUACAAAACAUCUUCUUCGUGCUUUCUACUUUACCAGAACAGAUGGAAGCUUCUUUAAUCAAACUACAAAACGAGCUUUGCAACUCCUUCACCAAAGAAAUAAAGGCAAUCGCUGGCAAUGUGAAGACUCUCAUCCAAAAUGGUCCAGUUGCUUCUGGUCUUCCACCUAAGAUAAGAAGUACGCAAUACUCGGACUAUUGGCUCUACUGUUACUGUCUUCACUUCAAAAUUCUAAUACAUUCUCUUGCUUCUAGACAAGCUGUGCCUCAAAAGGUUUAUGAGCAAACCUCUCUAGCUCCAGAGGUAGACAAAGGAGGUUGGAAAUAUGUAAAAAUGAAGCAACCUGCUACAAAUGAAAGGACAUACCGCAAAGAAAACGACAAGAGUAAAGGAGUUUCGUCUGUUGAACAGGAAACAUACAGAAUCUUAAUUGAAUCAGAUGAAGAGAUUGAUGCAGGGUUUUCCUGCUUGCUUAGCGGCAAGGAAACAGAUGGCACAACAAACAUUUCGAUAGAGGAAGCAAAGGAAGAGACCGAACGAAUUUUGAGGAAAGCUAGGCGGCGAAAGAGAAAGUCCCAUAAUACCAUAAUUAUUAACUGAAGGUACCAACGCAGAUAAUAAGCAUA